AUGAGUGAUAUAGAGUUAGAAACUGGACAUCGCCAUAGUCAAGUGGUUGAGCAAAAACCUAAUAAGUUUGUUCAAUGGAUAAGAGCUUUAUUUGUUUGGUAUCCAAAGAAUUAUGAUGUUUUAGAAAGGAAAUUAUUGUUCAAAUUGGAUUUAUCAAUUUUGGCUUAUGCUUGUAUUGCUACUUUUGUUGCUGGGUUAGAUAAUGCUAAUGUUAAUAGUGCUUUUGUUUCUGGAAUGAAGGAAGAUUUAGGUUUAUAUGGUAAUGAAUUAAAUUGGUUAAAUAUUGCAUAUCAAUGUGGUAAUUUCUCUGCCCAGGUUCCAUUGUUGUUACUUAGUUCAAGACCAAAAUUAGCUCCGUAUUUGAUGCCAUCUAUGCAAUUGAUUUUUGGGAUUUUAACAUUUGUUCAAAGUCAAGUUAAAACUGUUCAUCAAUUAUAUGCAAUUAGAUUCUUGGUUGGUGUCUUCGAUGGCCCACUUUAUAUUGUUGUUCACCUACUUUUGGGCUGUAUAGGUAAUACCAAUGAAUUAUUUGUGAGAACCGGUGUGUUUUUUUCAAGUACGUCAUUAGGUACGAUUAUCAACUCUUACUUACAAGUUGCUGCAUAUAAGAACUUAUCUGGGGUAAAUGGUUAUAAAGGAUGGCAAUGGUUAUUCAUUAUUGAUGGUAUCAUCACAGUUCCAGUUGCAUUGGCCGGAUUAGCUUUUUUCCCCGGUGUCCCUAAUUCUCCGAAGCCAUGGUGGUUCACAGAUGAAGAAUAUGCAUUGGCUAAUAAAAGAAGAAUUAGAUACAAGAUUGAAAAAGCUGGGAAGAUAACAUUAGAUUCAUUCAAGAGAACUUUAAAAGGUUGGAAAUUUUAUGUUUUUGGAUUAUCUUAUAUCUCAAUGUUGAUUGCAUGGUAUCCAACAUUAUAUUUUAAUUUAUGGUUAAAAUCACAAAAUAGAUAUAGUGUAUCACAAAUUAAUGUUUAUCCAACAGUUCAAAAUGUGGUGAAUUUGGUUACUGCUUUCUUUGCUACUACAAGUGCAUCUGUCAUUUCACCAUGGAAACCUUAUGUGUUACUAAAUGCAGUGGGAAGUUCAGUCUUCACAUUAAUCAUGACAAUUUAUCAUGUCCCUAUCCCAGCAGUUUUCUUUGCAUUUUAUAUAGCAGGUCUUAUUGGUGCAGGUAGUCCAAUCUUAUUUGCUACAAUAAAUAGAAUUUUAAAGCAUGAUCCAGAACAAAAGGCUAUUGUUUUGGGAUCUACAAUGAGUUUUGGAUUUAUUGCUUUUACUUGGAUUCCAUUAGGUCUUUACCCUACAGCUGAAUCAGAAGGUAAAAAAGCAGCACCACAAUGGAGAAUUGGAUACCCAGUUGCAUUAUUCUGCUCUAUACUUAUGGGUGCAUUAUUCUUAUUAUCAGAUUACUUGGAAAGAAGGGAUAAGGCUAAAUUGGGGAUCACCACACGUCCAGAAGAUGAAGCUGUUAGUGAUGAUGAGUAUGAGGAUAGUACAGGGUCUAGCUCAUUGUCUGUAGAGGAUGUACAAUUAGAUGAUGGUAUAAAGAAGUGA